ACUGGGAUCAGAUUCACAGAAUGCAUCUUUUUGAAAUCAAGUGUGGAGAUGCAGAACCCAGAGGUAGAAAUUGAGAUGUCGGAUCAAGAUUUAAACGAAUCUUGGGAAGAGAAAAUGUCGACCGAUUCGCCACCAAACAAGGAAACGAUUGAAUUCGACGAGGUUGUAGCACGUCAUUAUCUCAGUCCUUAUCUACUCUACCAAGAGCAAGAGCGAAGGAUAUGCACGGAGAGGGGAGAGGCCAGUAAAAUGGCACAUGUGAAAGAAAGUUACCGCAAACAUGGGAACAUUUCUUUAGGUGUGGAAAAGAUCAUGAAAGAUGUAGGCAAUUACCUGAAGACUGAAGGGGAUGAUUUUUUCCGAGGCGGUGAACUCAAAAUGUGUGGAAGUGUUGCAGAAGGAACGAAAGUGAGCAGCUGUGAUGAGUUUGACUAUCAGUAUCUGAUAACUCUUGAUAAUUAUAAAGCAAUUCGGAAACCACUGCUUCGGACAAAACCACGAUCAUCGAAAAUUGAGACAAAAGCAUUUUAUAGUAUCUUUCAGAGAGAUCUACAAACACCUGACGGUGAAGUCAAGUUGAGUCCUUGUCAAGUACAUGAUAGCUUUCGCAGUGAGGUUGGAAAGGGAUUAGUUAAAUCCGAUAUGACAAAGCACAUGAGCAAAAAGAUUGUGAAAGCUGGGCCGGCAGUGAAGAUUGUUCUCUGGUCAGAAAACUAUUUUGUCAAAAUCGACUUGACAUUUGGUGUAAAAUCUGAACCAUUGAAGCUGUUCAAAGAAGAAGAAUUGACAGAUUUGGCAAGAUCACUGCCGUGGGACAUAACCCUCGAUUGUCACUUCAUCUGCGCCCAUGACUACUGGAGAGUGUCAUUUGUGGACACGGAGCAGCAGCUUAUGAGAGAGAUAAGUCAAAGAGAUCUCUACAAGGCAGCAUGUUAUAGAGCUAUAAAGUGCGUCCGUGACCAAGUUGAUGUCAAAGACCAAUAUGGCGAUGGCAUUCUUCCCUCCUACCCGAUAAAGAUAACAUUUAUGGACAUAGCCCUGCAGGACAGCAUCAAGGAUGACAUGUGGUCCAUGGAGGAUACAAGUAUACAUGCCAUAAAUGUCUUGGAAGAAGUUGUAAGGAGGGGUCAGAGUCACCAGUUGAAUGACCUUUUCUUGAAAGGGGAUGAAGUGAUGUCCGAGUCUGACAGGUCAUACCUCGAGAGUCGUAGGAUUUUGCAAGAGCUUAAAAAUGCAGAAAAGGCAUAUUUUGCCAAGAAACAUUUCCUUUUACCUGUGCUGAUCUGCACACAUUUCAUAACGACCUUUGUCAUCUCCUGGACUCUCUUUGGGGUUGUGUCUUUUCCACCUUCUGGAAUACUGUCACUGUGGCUGUCAAACAUUGGUCUAAAUAUUUUCCCAGCUACUGUUCGCUUCUUCAGUGGUCUUUUAUCAGUUGUUGUCACUCUCACGCUCAUUGUGGACAAUUUCGGUGUAAACCAACACUUAACACAACCAUUAUACAAAUGUUAUUCUCAAUUUCGGCAUUUUCAUGUUGUGAUUUGUUUACUAAACAGUUUUGAGGGUUGCCUUAUUAUAUUAAUGAUAGUUGAGCGUUUACUUCAGGUGUUUCUGCCACUUGAAGGAAAGGAUCUUUUAGAUAUAUUAGAUAUAUCUUUUGUAAUCAUGAUUAUGUUUUCUUCUGUUUUGCCAGUUCUUGUUACCUUGGCAUCGAUCACCUUCAAUGCUGGUCGCUCUAUCCAUUUAAAGAAAGAUCUUGUUCUGUUUGACAAGCUUCUAUCGUGUACUUGGAAAUGGGAAGAUAAGAGUGGAAUUCAGCGUGAAUUUAUCCCUCAAACUUGUGGCAGUCCAGGAUUCACUAAAGUUACAAAACUAAGAGCAUAUCUUGUUGUGUUAUUUGCACCAUUAUUAGCAGUGCUCUCACUAACCAUGUUUGGAAGUGAGGUCUCACUGUACUAUAACAUAGAUUACAUGUCACACCUUAAUAUAACGGAUGUAAACACCCUUGACGAUAUCAUGGACGAGUACCAAAUAAUCCAGAGGGACGCAAAACUCAUUUUUACACUGUCCUUCUGCAGUCUGCUUCUGUUGUUUCUCAUCUGCAGUCUUCUGUGCCACCAGCAACAAAACCCGACCAUGGUGGCUUAUCUAAAGAGAGUCAAGUUUUCCAUUUUUGGCAAAUUUUCUGCGCAUAUCCCAUCUUGUUUAUGUUGUUUUAAUGGAGCAUGUGGGGUAAAAGGUGUAGUGCUGAACUACAUUUUGACCAAAAUAGCUGACGUUCUGUUCAGAAACCCUGAAGAGCUGAACAAUGGAAAUGAUAUACCUCUGCAGGAGAUGCAGGUGUACUGUGUAACAGGGGACUGACAAGCCAGCCUGUUUGUUAUAUUCACAGGGACAUUAAUGAUCUGGCAGACCAAAUACCACAGUUUUGCAAGGAAUAAUGGAAAUAUCAAUGAGGUAAACAGAUAUUUUCUUUGAAUAC